UACUGUCCUUGUGCAGUGCCUGUGGGCCUGGGGCAGUGCAGGAACAGUAUAAAAGGGAGCCCUUCUCCUGGCUCUCUCAUUCACUCCUCUCACCUCCAUCUCCUUGGGAUCAAGGUGCAUCUGCAGCCCCAAGACAUGUCCUGCUACACCCCGUGCCGGCCCUGCCAGCCCUGCGGCCCCACCCCGCUGGCCAACAGCUGCAACGAGCCCUGUGUCAGGCAGUGCCAGGACUCCACCGUCAUCAUCGAACCCUCGCCCGUGGUGGUGACCCUGCCCGGCCCCAUCCUCAGCUCCUUCCCACAGAACACCGCCGUGGGAUCCUCCACCUGCUGCUGUUGGCAGCAUCCUCAGCUCUCAGGGAGUGCCCAUCAACUCUGGGGGCUUUGGCCUCUCGGGCUUGGGCAGUGGCCUCUGUGGCACGAGGUGCCUCCCCUGCUGAAGCUGCUGGUGACGGCCCUGGGGAAGGAAGCCAGGGACUCACAGGAUGGAAGCACCCUGGGGACCCAGCACCGGCUUGUUGCUUCCUGAGGGGCUGAGCAAGCCCAGCAGCACCUGCAGAAGGACAGGGCCAGCCUGGGCUCUUGGGAAGCACAGCCCAUCCCUGCCUCUGCCCUCUGCCUCUCUCUCCUUUCCCUCCUGUGUCCCUGCUCCCUUGUGCUCCCCUGGGCUGUGAGUCCCACACAGCCAUCCUGGGGAGAACCUGCUGGCCCUGCUCCCUCUCUGGAUCAGGCCCAUGGACACCUGCUGGGAUCUCUGCCACAGCCAUGGGACAUAAAUUUGCAUCUGGCCCUGGUGCUUCCUGCAUUGGAUUCCUCUUUUGGAUUGAGCUGUUUAUCUCUUCUGUUGCAUUAAAUUUAUUUUGC